AGCCGUUGCCGCCUCCCUGCCGGCGAGGGUGUGUUAAGCAGGGGCCGAGGGUCGCCGCCGCUGCUGCCGCCAUGGGGUCAGAGUUACACAGUAACUCUGCGUAACAGAGGCAGAGAGAGAGGUCUUCCAUCCACUGGCUCACUCCCCGAAUGGCUGCAACAGCAGGAGCUGCGCCGAUCUGAAGCCAGGAGCCGGGAGCUUCUUCCAGAGAAAGUCGAGCAAAGCGAAGGAGAAGAAGCAGAAGCGGUUGGAGGAGCGAGCGGCCAUGGACGCCGUCUGUGCCAAGGUGGACGCCGCCAACAGGCUUGGCGACCCUCUGGAAGCCUUCCCAGUGUUCAAGAAAUAUGACCGAAACGGCUUGAACGUCUCCAUUGAGUGCAAGCGAGUGUCUGGACUGGAACCAGCCACCGUGGAUUGGGCCUUCGACCUGACCAAAACCAACAUGCAGACCAUGUAUGAGCACAGCGAGUGGGGCUGGAAGGACCGGGAGAAACGGGAGGAGAUGACAGAUGACCGAGCCUGGUACCUCAUCGCUUGGGAAAACAGUUCUGUCCCCGUGGCCUUUUCUCACUUCCGGUUUGACGUGGAGUGUGGGGAUGAAGUCCUGUACUGCUACGAAGUGCAGUUGGAAAGCAAGGUCCGGCGGAAGGGCCUGGGCAAGUUCCUCAUUCAGAUCCUGCAGCUCAUGGCCAACAGCACGCAGAUGAAGAAGGUGAUGUUGACGGUAUUUAAACACAACCAUGGCGCCUACCAGUUCUUCAGGGAUGCUCUACAGUUUGAGAUCGAUGACUCCUCCCCCAGCAUGUCCGGUUGCUGUGGGGAGGACUGCUCCUACGAGAUCCUGAGCCGGAGGACCAAGUUUGGGGACAGCCAGCACUCCCACACGGGUGGGCACUGUGGUGGCUGCUGCCAUUGAGCUCCCAGAGCCACUUGGCGGUCGGAGCGCCCUCUCCCGAGGCCUGAGCUCUCCCUGGUCCCACGCCGCUUGCCAGGUGCCCUCCGAAGCCCUGCACGUGCCAGGCGGCUCCCAGAGCACACAGAGCCGUGGCGGGAGUGCUCCCAGCUGCCCCUCGUCCUCCUCCGAGAGCAGGAGGAGCUGCGGGGGCCUGGCCGUGGUGCUCGUCCUCACGCGUGGCUGCCUCUGGCUUAGCUCUGGGCCACUGCUCUGCAGCUGGGUUCCCAGCAGCGCCACGUGGACGAAGCGGGUGUUUGUACCCACCUCUGUGACAGUCCUAGCGUCCUGUGUCGGGCCUGCUGAUCUCCAGAGGGGAGUGGACUCGGUGUAAGAUCUGGGCCUAGCGAGAGGCCUGGGGGACUCGCCUUGGUGGGCAGCGCUAGGGAGACCAGAGGCGGGGCUGUGCCGAGGCACAGGAAGCUCCUUCAGCCACGUGGGCUCCGCAGAGCGGGGUCGUCCCAGGACCAGCCGGCCAGGAGGAUGGCGCUCCCUCCACUGCCACCAGCGAGAAGCCGUGAGGACCAGUGGCGAGCUCGAGGUCUCGUGGGGGCCCCGGGGAGAUGGCUCCUCUGACUUCUGGGCUGGCUGCCUUGCUCUGGAGCGGUGACGUGGAGGUCCCACCGUGCCUCUCCGUGGCCCCACAGCACUCUCCCCCUCCCUCCAGCCCACAUACCUCUGCUCUGUCUCCAGGGGGAGAUAACAUCAGGGAGCCCCUUGCCCUCCCCCGGAAGAGCCCCUCGUUCCCGGUGUGGGUCACGCCGGGUCCUGUCUUGGUGCUGACAGCUCUCUGAGAGGCGGCGAGCCUCCCCACUGCCGCCUGGCCUCUUAGAGCCCCCAGCCAGCAGCAGGCCUCCGCCUGCACUCCCCAGCCUUGACCCCUGCGGCCUCAGUGGGGCGCUAGUGCCACUGCCCUGGCCCCCGGCCUCAGCUCCUGGGCCCACAGUGAGCGCUGUCCUCUCUGGCGUGCUUGUGUGGCAGCUGGAGCCAGGGGCCGGAGGACCUCAUUGCCCCCGAGGAUGUGGGCUUGGAGCUGCGCUCAUCCUCAUCUCCAGGCAUUGGCCCUCACCCUCGCCCAGGGAGAAGCACCCAGCACCUCGCCUCAGCCUCCCUGCUCUCUGCCUGGCCCCGGGGCCAUUGCCUGCGGGGUCUGGGUCACACCGCACCUCUGCCCUGACCGGCCCCAGCGCGGCCCCUGCCUCAGCCGGCCCCGGACCCCCGUGGCAGUGGGCCUGGGCACUCCUGCUGGGGGCCUUGCGGCUUCACACUGGAGCGGGUCUGCCUUUGCCCAGCCUGUGGCUCCCUGGGGACGUGACCCCACGCGGGUGUUGGAAUCGCGGAGGGGCUUGGGGACUCGCCCGGGAGUCCUGAAAAGACAGAGGCGUGGCAGGAAGUUCUCUGCUCCCUGUCUCGAAGGGUAAGAUGAGUAUUUAUUGGAUCAUGGGUUUCUGAUACCUCCCACUCCAGGGGACCAGAAGGAGCCCGCAGUGUAAACCCCACGUGUGAUGAGUUCAGCUUAUGUUGUCCCUGUCCAGUCACUGGACACCUGGCACCCGGGAUGCCUGGCGCCCUGCUCUGCCCCCUCCGGCCUGAGGCCUCCAGGAGGCGUGGCCUGGGGCGGAGGAGCCGUCGAUUUCUCCCGCCUCCGUCUUCCCCUGCUUCUCCCACUUCUUGGCUUUGAGAAGCAGCAGGCCUUCCUCUGUAUCAGGCGUUUGUGAGUGUUGUUUCGUUUGGGGCAACGUUGAAAUGUUUUUUCAGAUUUUUUCUUUUUUAGUUGUAUUCACCCUAUUUCAGGUUAUUUUUGAAGAAACUUGGAAGAUAAACUCCUUCUUGAUAUUUUCUUUAGCAUUUUAUCAUCACUGGAAUCAAAGGGAAAAAGUGAUCUCUCUUUGUGUUGGUUGUAUCUGUACAUCACAAAUAAAAAGACAGUUUGUUCAGCUGCCGGCUGGCUUCCGUGCGGGGGCGCCAC